AUGGCAGACAUUGAAGACCCAUGUACAGUAUAUCUCUAUAACCCUGUCUCAAGAGUUCAUGUCCAACUUCCAUCUCUGCCGGAGAGAGACUACCCUACACCGCUUAGGUUCGUGACAUCCUGCAGCCCUGAUGAUCCCGGUUGCUCUGUUUUAGUUCUCUAUGAUCACUUGGGUUCACACAAUGGCUGCAUUUGCAAACCAGGAGACAGAGAAUGGUGGAAGACCCUUAUCGAUAUGAGUUGGUGCAUCGACGACAUGAUAUAUUACAAUGGAGAACUCUAUGCCAUCGAUAAGCAUGGCACGCUUAAGCGAUUGAAGUAUGCUGAUCCCUAUAUUGAGGAGGAGGUGUCAGCCAUGGCCACAGGCUCGAACAGAAGCACUCCAUGGCGGUACUUGGCAAAGUCACCUUCCGGCGAGCUAUUGAUGGUGGUGAGACAUGUUGAGUCAUGCAUGACUAAGUUUCUUGAGGUUUACAAGUUUGAUUGGAGUGAGGGUGUUUGGGAAGAGGUGAUGAAUACUUUUGGUGAUCAAGCCCUUCUCUUGGCUCACAAUGAUUCGGUGUUUGUCGAUGCAGGCAACAUUUAUAGGCCCAACUGUAUCUAUUUCGUGGAUGAUUUGUGGGUAGGUGAUAGUAACUCACACAGUCAUGACUAUGGGGUAUAUGAGUUAGGAAAUGGCAAGAUUGAGCAAUUCUAUCAAUUCCAGCAGCAACAAAUUGUGAAUGCUGCUUCAUUCUACAGAUGGUUUAGACUACUUUAG